AUGAUUUCCGUUUGUAAAUAUUGUGGGGGCCGGUUGGCUGACUCAAACGGAUCUUCAGGAGAUGUCUCCUGUAUGAAGUGUGGUAGAGUCCAAGUGGAAAACCAGAUUGUUAGUGAAGUUCAGUUCGGUGAAACGUCUUCUGGUGCUGCCAUGGUUCAAGGUUCCAUGGUCUCUGCUGAUCAAGUGAGAGCAAACUUUGGAGGGAGACAGAAUUCCUUAGAAAGUAAAGAACAAACGCUCAAAAAUGGGAAGGAUAAGAUCAGAAAGAUUGGAGCCGCCAUGGGCAUUAAGCCUUACAUUACCGACAUGGCAGGUGAAUGGUUUAGAUUGGCCUUGCUUAACAAUUUUGUACAAGGAAGAAGGUCACAGAACGUAUUGGCUGCUUGUCUCUAUGUUGCAUGUAGAAAGGAGAGAACUCAUCACAUGUUGAUUGAUUUCAGUUCAUUGCUUCAAAUUUCUGUCUAUUCUUUGGGAGCCAGCUUCUUGAAAAUGGUAAAGGUGUUAGAAAUAACGAACUUGCCCCUUGCCGAUCCCUCCAUUUUCAUUCAGCAUUUUGCCGAGAAAUUGGAAUUUGGUAACCAGGUGACGAAAGUCGUGAGAGAUGCCACUAGAUUAGCCCAAAGAAUGGCAAAUGACUGGAUACACGAGGGAAGAAGACCAGCGGGUAUUGCAGGAGCGUGUGUGUUGCUUGCAGCAAGAAUGAACAACUUCCGAAGACUGCAUGCUGAAAUCGUCGAGGUUGCCCAUGUGGCAGAGGAAACGUUACAGAAGAGGUUAAACGAAUUCAAGAAUACUAACUCAGCCAAAUUAACGGUACAGCAGUUGAGAGAUGGGGAGAAAGUGGAGAGCAUUAAGCCUCCUUCAUAUCUGAAAAACAGAUCGCUAGAAUUAAAAAUAAAGGAAAAAUAUGCAUUGAACCAGAGCAAGAUGAGUGAAUUGGAAGUUGAUAUUAAAGCAAAGUUCUCGAACAAUUUAACUGAAGACCAGAAGAGAGCACUCAAAGGUGAUAAAAAGGACCAGGCAGAUAGACAAGAUUUCAUGAAUUCUGUAUUGAAGGGCUGUGAGUUAACAGAGAAGGAAAUCCAAGACUUCUGUAAAAAAGCAUUGAAAAGACAGUCGGAAUACAUAGCGAAUUCCUUAUACGAGAAUCCGUACGAAAGAGCAAGUUCUAGCCCCACUUUAGAAGCUGACAUAGAGGCUGAUGAAAUAAGUGAGGAAGAUAAAAUAGUGGCCAUAAAUAGACCCAAAAAUCUCGUCAAAAACUUACCCAAAACUGCUGAUCUUUUAGAGAAAGUGUCUUCAGUGGCAGAUAAUUUCGAUGACUUGAGUGACGACGAGUUGGAUGCAUUUUUAUUGAACGACGCUGAAAUUGAGUUGAAAGAGAGGGUUUGGACUGGCUUAAACCAAGAUUUCUUAAUUGCUCAAGAAAAGAAGAGAUUGAAGCUGGAGGCAGAUGAAUUGACUGGGAAUACUUCAGGAACUAGCAAGAAGAGGAGAAAAAGGAACACUAGUGGAAAUGGGGGUAUUCCCGAAGGACUUGGUGGUGAACUAGCUGACCAGAUUGGCUUGGAUGGUGCUCUCAAUGAAAUAGGUAUCGAUGGGAACUCUGGUGAGCCACUUACAGCGGCUGAUAGUGCAGGAAGAAUGUUAAAGAAGAAGUCUUUUUCGAAGAAAAUCAACUACGCUACAUUGGGAGAUUUGUUCACUGACCCUACCAGACAGAGCUAA